UUCACAUCAUCAACGCACCAUCGAGCGCAUUUAUUCGCUCGUGCACCUUCGACACGUUUAGUUGGAUCGUGUGGCGUCUGCAGUUUUGCUCUUUCAGUUUUGUUUGUUGACUAGUUUUGUGUAUUUCCAAUCGAUCGACUCUUUGCGUUGUGGAGUGCGGUGUUUGUGCUGUGUGUGAAAUCACCGGAUUUUUCUUCUUCUUCUUCUUCUUCUUUAUUUCGCUAGUGCUGCAGAUAAGAGUCACAGUGUCUUGAUCUUAUUCGGCGGGGGUACUAUUUAAUAUGGAGCAUUUUUAACAUUCUAGAUCAGUCAUAAUUUGUUUGUGAUAAUUGAAUGAGCAUACACGCAAAACAGCGCAACGAAGACAGCGAGAAAAAAAAUCGGUUUUAUUUUCAUUUCACGCUUUCCGAAAUGCUUGGAAACGAGAUAAUUGUAGUAGCGUUAUUGAUUACCGGAUGUUAUUCAGCCGAUGACAAUACAAAAACAAUCGGUGUUAACGUAACCAAAACUGACGCAAUAUCUAAUGAAACCGUUUCGACAACAGUCAAAUUACCAUCGGUGUCAACGACAACGGCGACAACAACAACAACAACAACGACAUCGACAACUGAAUCAUUUCCAUUGUUAGAAGAUUUGGUGUCAGCCGAACGUGCUAACAAUGCCGAUAAUGAUGGAAAUCAUGACGACGAUGAAAAGAAUACUGCCAAACGAACGAUUAGCAGCAAAUUUACUGGGCCAAUUGUUGUAAAUGAAGAGGUGAAUUUGUUUACGCCAGUCAAUGAAUUUUCGAGGAAGCAACGGAUAAAUGUGCAAAUAAUUGAGCCGGAGGGUCAUAAUAAUGGGCAAUUUUUGAAACAAACGGUAUUUCAGCGACAAGAAAAUAAUACUGUGAUUACGUCAAAAACAACAACCACUUCGACGACGGAGCGCCCGGAACGACGUAAAAAUAUCGUAGUUGAACAGAAAUUUUUGGCACCAAUUCAGGUUGGACAACGAUUAUCGAAUGAUGCAAAACAACGGAAAAAUGAUGAAGACUGCGAUGAUCCGCCAACCAAUCGACCAAUCGUUGUGACGGAGAGAAUAAACCGACCAAUCGUAGUGACAGAGCGACAAAAUCGAUUGUUGGAAAAUGUUGACGUUCAAAAAAAUACGCAAGUUAUUCACAAAGAGGAACCGAAGCAAACUCUGGUGUUUGGUGCUCGAGUCACAAGCACAACUCGACCAACACCGUGCGAUCAACCAUGCUCAACGACGCGAGCAUACAGACCAUCAUCAACACCUAGAUCAAGACCAUUUAACACAACACCAUUGCCUGCACCACGCGUUUAUACAACACCGCGAGUUUUUACGGCGCCUGUUGUGUCAAAACCAAUCGUAUCAACGCCAGUCGUUUCAACUCCUCGUGUUUUGACGACACCUCCUACUUUCAUUACAUCAACUGUAACUCCCGUUCCAGUUCCAUACAAACCAAUCGCAACCGUCGUUCCUGUUACAGAAAAACCUGUCUACAUUCACACUCACUCGGAAGUACCCGUUGUUCAAAAGGAAUACGUGCAACUACCACCGAAGAUCAUCAACAGACCUGUCAUUCACAAAGAAUUCGUACAUUUACCACCACAAAUCCAAGUUGUCGAAAAACCAAAAUUGAUCCAUUUGCCGCCACAAGAAAAAAUUGUUCCGGUUGAAGUGGAAAAAUUGGUUGUGAAAGAAGUUCCAAUCAAUAAUAUUAUUGAAAAACAUAUCGAACAUCCACCGACUGUUUUGGAAAAAUUGGUGCCAUAUCCCGUUCCCAGUAGACCAAUCGAAGUGGAAAAAAUCGUUCAAGUUCCUGUUGAUCGUGUCGUUGAAAAACAAGUGCCGGUGAAUCAUGUCGUGGAAAAGCCUGUACCAUACGUCCAAUAUGUCGAUCGACCCAUUCACAUUCCAUACAUUUUGCCCGUAGAAAUUCCUGUGGCUUAUCAUGUACCCGUGCCUGUACAUGUGCCAGUGAAACAUCAAUUGCCACCGCCGUUGCCACCACAAAAGUACAUAAUAAAAACCACAAAAUAUGGCAAAGGCCAUGGUUUAUUCGAUUGGAAACAUAAUCAUCUGAAGCAUAUAAAACAUGUCAUAAUAAAAAAGCCGAACCACAUUUUCGCCGAUGAUAUCAUAGCGCCGCCAACAAUAGAUUCCAUGGGAUUAUUACCGCCACCGAGAUUUCAGCCAUUCAUUAGUGACAAUUUCGGUCCACAGGCAUCGGCAUCAAUAAAUGUGGUUUCAGAGGUUUUGCCAAACGCCGUGCACCACAGCAAUCGUGAUCAAUUUUUUGAACCAUCACCAAUUCACAAUGGUUUCGGCAGCUACGAUAACAAAUUCAAAUUCGUCGAUACAUUUGCAAAAGAUAUUCGAUGGGAGUAUGGAGGUUUUAAACCUCCACUGAUUCCGUCCCUGGAAAUUGAUUCAUUUGGAAAUCCACUGAAUGAACAUUAACUGAAACUAUUGCAGAAUACUUCAUAUAAUAAUUUGUACAUAUUGAGAACUGUCGUUAGCUAAAUUGAUUUCAUGUUGUCACAAUUCAAUUAGAAUAGAUUCAUUUUACCCAACCGUUUGUUGCAUUUAUUGAUUUUGAUCACUGAAGUUUUUCCGUGGUGGUCGGCCAAAUUGUGUUUCUCGAAAUUCGGUUCGAAUCGAUCACCAAAAAAAAAAAAAAUCAAACGAUGUAUCUAUCAAAAUGUUGAUUUGUUUUUAUUUAAGUUUUAAUAUCGAUUUUUUUCUUGCAUAAUUUACAUAAGUAAUAAUACUCGUAUGUUUAAGAAAUUAUUGACCUAAUCAAUUUACUACUAAUUGAAUGAGAUUUAAGAAACAGUGUGUACUAAUGCUCAUCUAACGCAUAGAAUUUAAGUUUAAGACUUUGUCUUUUUCUUUCCUUUUCUAUUUUCCACAUUUAGUCUGUAUAUACAAUAUUUAUUUCUAUGAUGAGAUUAAUAAAAAAAAAACAUUGCUUUAAAAAAAAA